AUGUCUUCUGCCGUAGCAGAGCUCGAUGGCUACCUCCAGUCUAUGCAAAGUCUAAAGCCUCCAGGUGUAUCAGGUUCUAAGAUCGGCAGCAUCACCCAGCUCUGUGUAGCCAACGUUCAGUCCGAGUCCGUUUUAGUCCAGAAGCUAUACACACACUUCAAGAGAACUCCAGGAACACACAAGUUGGGCGUCCUAUAUGUCGUAGACUCCGUAACUCGACAAUGGGUAGAAGCGGCUCGCAAGGCUGGUCAACCGCUUGGAAGUGCCGCCCCUGAUGGUACAUUUGCGGCCGGUGUCAACAGAGUAACUGAACUUCUCCCGGUUCUGAUGGCCGAUAUCAUAAACAAUGCACCUGAGGAUCAAAAGGAAAAAAUCAGAAAAUUGGUUGAUAUCUGGGAGCGUGGUCAAACAUUCCCUUUGCCUAUGCUCGCCACGAUCAAAGAGAAGCUGAAUGCUCUACCAACUAAAAAUAUUGAAUCCACAACACCAGAAGGAUCCCCGGCACCUGGUGCAAACCCUCUCGCGGGGCUCCAGGGUGCUGCGGCUGGCGCCUCUGCAACUCCCGAUACAUCUAGCAUCUUGAAAGCUUUGGCCGACAUGGCUAAACAGAAUCCUUCGGCUGCAGCAGCACCGGGAGCCCUAGCGCAGGCUAAUCCUUUGAGUAUGCUGAGCGCACAAAGUGCUACACCUUUACUCUCUGCGUCAACGUCUGUAGACCAGGCCGCCCAGGCAACGACCGGACCAAACGUAAACCCGUAUGGAAACCCUCUCGCAGCGCUAGGUAAUUUUGCACCAAAUGCCAUGCCUAAUACUAUGCCUGGUGCUCAACCCAACCCUCUGGCUGCAUUGCUUCCGCAAGCUGCCGCUGGUGCUCAGCAGCCCACAGCACCUACGCCGGAUGUUUUCCAGCAGGUGCAAUUGCUACAGCUUCUCGCUGCACAAGGAAUCCCCCAAGAUCAAUGGGCAACCGCCCUUCAAAUUCUUAGUCUUUCAAACAACGCCAACCCGGCCGCUGUUGCUGGACUGCCUAAUAUGGGUGCCGCGCCGGGCGCUUAUAAUAUGCCAGAUAUGAGCGGCCAACAAGGCUGGGGUGGUCUUGAUCGUGAUGGUGAUCGGGAUCGUGGCAGGGACCGAAACUUCAUGCGUUCGCCUCCAAGCCAGUACCGUCGCCGUUCGGGGUCUCCAGGCUGGGACCGCCGCCGGGAAGUAUCGCCCCCACGCCGUCGCGAGAGUCCGGUAUAUGGUGAAUAUGGCGGAGAUUCUCCUAGCCGUCGAGGUGGUCGGCGCAAUGAUUAUCGCCAACGCAGCCCGCCAGGCCGCAGACGACGCUCGCCAUCGCCUCCUCAAAAGGACGUCUCGUUGCCUCCUCCUGGACCUAAGUUGGUUGAGUGGGAUUAUUCGAUUGGACAGGGGAAUAUCAAAGUUUUGAGCCGGACACUCUUCGUUGGUGGUGUUACCGCUCCCGAAUCGCAUCUACGUGCUUUGUUCAAUCAAUAUGGUGUUGUGCAAACAUGUAUUGUUAAUGUCGACAAGAGACAUGCAUUUAUUAAGAUGAUCAACAGACGCGACGCAAUGAACGCCAGAGAGGGUAUGGAGACGUACAAAUCCGGCGACAUGCAAUUGAGGACUCGCUGGGGAGUGGGUUUUGGACCUCGCGACUGCAGUGAUUAUCAGACUGGAAUUAGUGUGAUCCCAAUUGAACGCCUUACAGAAGCCGAUCGCAAAUGGAUGUUGACUGCCGAGUAUGGAGGUACUGGUGGUAAGCCAAUUGAAAGUGGCAUGGUUGUUGAAGAGCCUGAUAUUGAAAUCGGCGCUGGAGUUUCAUCCAAAGCAAUCAGCCGACGCAUGGCAACUGACCAAGGCGGUAAACGCGGGCCUCAAUCAUCCCGGACUCAAAACGAUCGAUAUCAACGACGUGACCGCGGCAUGGACGUGAACGGAGGCGGCAUGUAUGGCGGUAGUGGGGAUCAAGACUACUCCAACCCGCCAAACCCAGGCGUUCCACCCGCUGUUCCAGGCUUUGGGUUCCAGCUUCCUGGUAUGCCCAUGUUCCCUCCUGGGUUUAUGCUUGGUGGUGCACAGCCUGGCUCUGCUCCUCCCCCUCCACCUCCAGGUCAAUAA